AUGCCUCCCGCCAAGAAGAGAAAGACCCAACGGGCCUCCGAGGAGUCCCCAUCAGACACCAACGCCGCCGCCGCGCCGGCAGCGACAUCAUCAUCCUCCUCCUCCUCCGCAGACCGCCUAGCGCGCUUCAAGGCCCUCAAAGCGCGAGCCAAAGAAUCCUCCGAGGAGAACUUCAAAGCCGCGACGAAAGAAGCCCAGCGCGCCACAGUCGACCCGUCCCAGCUCCCCGCGCUGCAGCGCAAGCACGCCGUCGCGUCGCACAAGCUCCUCAAGGCCGACGUGGAGGAGGCCGGGGGCGACUUUGAGCGCAAGCGGGCGUGGGACUGGACGGUGGACGAGAGCGAGGCGUGGGACCGGCGGCUCAAGAAGAAGGCGGGCCGGCGGGACGAGAACGCGUUUGCCGGGUACGCGUCCGAGGCGGCGCGCGGCGGCGAGCGGGGGCUCGACAUCGUCGAGACCGAGGACGGCGAGCUCAUCGCCGUGGACAAGGACGGCACGUUUUACUCCACCGAGGACUCGACGACCUUUGCGGAGAGCAGGCCUGAUAAGGCGGCCGUGGAUAGGUUGGUCGAGGACCUGCGUAGAGCUGAGGAGCAGAGGCUCAAGAAGAGGAGGGAGAGGAUGGCCAAGGACGGCGAUGACGGCGAUGUGACGUACAUCAACGAGAAGAAUAAGCAGUUCAACCAGAAGCUGGCGAGAUUCUACGACAAGUACACUUCGGAUCUGCGGGACAGUUUCGAACGCGGUACCAUGAUUUAA